GAUUGAGUGUUACCCCAGACUGCACCAACCUCUACGUUUCGUCCCCUGUUUGGGUGACAUCCUCAGUGCUUGGGAGUCUCCUGUGAAGCACUUCUGUGUUGUUUCCUCCGGCAUUUAUAGUGGUUUGUCUCUGCCGCUUCCGAUUGUCAGUUCCAGCUGUCCGCUGCAGUGGCCGGUAUAUUGGGUCCAGGUCGAUGUGUUUAUUGAUUGAAUCUGUGGGUGAGUGCCAUGCCUCCAGGAAUUCCCUGGCUGUUCUCUGUUUGGCUUGUCCUGUAAUAGUAGUGUUAUGGAUGCGGAUCCAUGAAUAACAACUAGCCACGAAACGACACGACCAGCUAUCCUUGGUAGCCAUACACGCAGAUGACAAGCAACAUGAAUUCGACUGGGAUAACACUACUAUUAUACCAGUCAGAAACACACCUGCUUGUUCACGGCUUACAACCCUUCACCAAGUAUGAGUUUGCUGUACGUCUUCAUGCAGACCAACUCUCCAGCCCCUGGAGCCCUGUGGUUUAUCAGCUUACGUUGCCAGAAGCUCCAGUCAAUCCACCUUCAAGUGCAAAAGUCACAUUAAUAGAAGAAGGAACAGCUCUUAUAUCGUGGAAACCCCCAGAAGAUACCAACACUGCUAUCACCCGUUAUACCAUCCUUUACGCUUCCAGAAAGGCCUGGAUUGCAGGCGAGUGGCAAAUGCUUCAUAGGGAAGGAACAAUUACUAUGGCUUUGUUGGAGAACCUCCUUCCAGGAAAUGUCUAUCUCAUUCAGAUAUCUGCAUCUAAUGAAGUAGGAGAAGGACCCUUUUCAAAUGCUGUAGAGCUAGCAAUCCCUGUGAAGGAAACUAUAUACUUUAGCCAGGGGCCUAAGUGGUCUGACUCUCGCAGUAGUGGAGAUGCCAAAGUUAACUCUGAUGUAUUUUAUCACCUGGACCAAAAGUCAAUGACUGGAAUUAUCGUUGGAGUUUGCAUAGCCCUAACUUGUAUCAUCAUUUGCGUACUUGUUCUCCUCUAUCGAAGCAAAGCCAGGAAAUCUUCUGCAAUCAAGGCUGAGCAACAAGGAAAUGUACAGAUGGCACAUGUUACAAGACCACUGGUUAAUGGCACCCAUCUUAUUAAGAGUCAGACUGAGCAGCAAACUGUGGAAACCUUAAUGCCAAUGAUGCCUGAAAAUGUCUUUCUGGAUACCAAGGGUGGAUCUGAUAUGAUUAUUCGCGGCUCUUCACAUGUGAACAAAAAGGUGAAAAAAUGGUCGCUUUUUGGGUCAACUAAGAAAUCUGUGAAGGUGCAUAAACCAAAGCAGCCAGUAAGAAGACACGGGCGAGGCAUGAGUUCUUACCAGCUGACUGGCUUGAUCUGUGAAGAAUCGGGUGCCUCAAUACUCGUUCCACCGAUAUCAUUGCAAGCGGUGUUUGGCACUACAGGCGAUGCGGAAUAUUCUCAUAACAGUGACGGAAGUCAUGAAACUGGAGAUUCUGGCAGAUACAUGAUUCUAGAGAGGAAAUGGAAAUGGCUCACCUUUCUUCUGUCACAUGUACUACACCUGCCUUGGGACCAUUUAUUCAGACAGAAACAGCCAGGGUUCCUGUCACAUCUACCUCAGAGGAAGCUCAAUGCCUGUUUGGUUCUCCUUCUACCUCAGACCUGCUGGCACCACCUGAAGUACGUCAAAUGCCUUCUCCAAAAACUACUCAUGAAAAUGCUGACACCGAAUUUCCAGUUUGAGUUACCUGAUCCAGUUUGACUAAUUUAUCUGUACUAUGGACAAUGUGCAGUGAGCCAAAGAACAUUCUGGAAUGGAAAUCUGGGUUUUUUAA